AUGAGAGGAUUCCUGGACCUGCCCGAUGAAAUUAUUAGCCAUAUAAUAGACGAUUACCUUGACUUGGACUCUGUCUACUCUCUUAGAACAACCAACAAGCGCUUACUUGAACUAUCCAAGAGCAUUAUCCUGAGUAACAUCCAACUGCGUUUGUUCAGCCUUGAAGCUGGCGUCUACACCUCAAAAGUCAUUCAAUCCGGCCUAUUCUCUUCCCGCAACUGCCAGUCCGUACACCACCUUUCUUUAGUCGUAGGCAAUCCAACCACCCAACAAGAAUCUGAUUUGAAACGUGAGCUGGAUUCCAGCAUGGACAUAGCAGACCAUUCUGAGCUAUCUGAAUUGAUAGUACGUUUACAAAAGCUCGAGUCUGUUGCUAUCCAGCUUAUCAGUCCAUCGACGUGGACACACGCCGAGAAAGAGUCAUUCCAGCGACUUCUCUAUUCCUUAGCUACUCUCAGGAAGCUCAAAGAUCUCUCCAUUCUUACUAACGAGGGUUUGUGGAGUGAUCUUCGCCUACCACCCAUCCACACUCUCGAAUCGCUCUCCAUCAGAGGCUCCAUCCCCAACAAAUCCGUGCUAGGAAGCUGUCUCGAGAAUUCCCGCAACCUACGUCAAUUGCGCCUCCCCAACGACCAACUUGAGUCUUCGGAAGCCCUGGAAGACUUGCCAGAUGGCUCACUGCCUCUGUUGGAACUUUUCGAGGGUCGUUCCGACGAUAUAGUGGAGCUUGGCAGCGACGGUACCGCACCGGGUCUCAAGAGAUUGCGCUACAUCCCACAUAAAGACGGUGACUCGAGUCUCGAGGAAGUGCAGUCUACACUAAAAGUAUUGGAGGGACGUCCCCUCACAUCCUUCGCCUAUGAAACACUCUUCACUAUGGACUUCCUUGACAUCGUUAGCUCUCUCGCUCCUUUCAAAAACACACUCUCCAGCCUAGCUAUAGGUAACACUAAUGCCCUCGCUCCGCCUGAACUUACACUCGAGGAACGUCUCGUUGGUGAGAUUCGCUUCAGCUGCGCGUUCAUCGAUCACCUCCCAAAUUUAGUUUCUGUCACUCUUACAUACGCCUCGGAAAAAGGUAUGCCAGAUGCCCCUUCUGGUAAUAGCGGCUCUACUACCAAACCAGAUGGUCAAUUAGCCACUUACUUUGAUAGAGUCGCAGCUUUGUGGUAUAAGCAGUCGCCGUUUUUAAUGGGUUUGGGUUUCUUGUUUGUCGAUGGUAGUAGACCUAAGGCGUGGCACUCGAAUAUGCUCGGUGUCGACACACAGGGAGAGAGUUUGAACAUAGAAGACAGCUGGAGUCGAUUCAGACCUGUUCCCCAAGAGCUCGCUAUUAGUGCUAUCCAGGGAUGGACGGAGGAGAUGUAA